AAGAAUAUGUUUAUCAUAACAGAUAAUAGAUUCCAAUAUAACUCUUAGGCAAAAAGGAAGCACAAGGCUUCGUGCUGAAUUUCGAGACUCUACCUCGCCUCUUCACCUCCCUUCCUACUUGAUACUGAAGACAUGGAUAUCAAAACACUGCUAGAUAAUCUUCGAGAAGAAGUGUCUUGUCCAGUGUGUACUAACAUCUACACGGAACCAAAACACCUUCCAUGUCUUCACAGUUUCUGUCUGCUAUGCUUGAAACAGUGGCACAGGUCAAGCCAUGGCCAUGAGACGAUAAGAUGUCCGAAAUGUCAAGUCGUUAGCAGAGUGCCUGAAAGUGGUGAUCUGAGAGAUCUUCCGACCAGUUUUUAUCUAAACGGUUUGAUCGAUGUGCUGGCCAUAAAAGAGUGCGAAAGUAGCCAGGUGCGAUGUGAAAAUUGCGAAAAGAGGAGCUGUGAAAGUUCUUACUGUUUCCAAUGUUGCGUAUUUUGGUGUGAAGAAUGUGUCAUUGGACAUAACAUUAUGAAGAGCAACAAAGAUCAUCGUGUUAUGGCGCUAAAAGAAUUUCAGUACAAAGACUUCGAGGAUGUGUUGAAACGCCCGUUGUACUGCUCGAAGCCGCGACAUGAGAAAGAAGAACUGAAAUACUUUUGCAAUAAAUGCGAAUCGCCUGUUUGUCAAACCUGCGCCACGAUGAGUCAUAGUGGCCACACUCUAGAGCACAUCGAGGAAAAAGCUGAAAGACAAAAGAUUGAAACUAAAUCAUUUCUUGACGUCCAAAGACGCAACCUGCAAAAAAAGAUGAACUCUCUCGGUCAACUUGAUGAAUACUACGCUCAGCUGGUAAGACAACGCGAUGAUAUGAAGGAAAGUGUUCAAGGACUUGUGAACAAGUUGAUUGCAACCAUUGAAGCGAAGAAGCAAAACAUUUUUGCAGCUUUAGAGAAUGAAACGAAGAAUGUACUGGAAAAUCUUACAAUGCAAAAGACAGAGGUAGAUCGUCAAAUUAAAAUACUCGAAUCAUCGCUGGAAAAAGCUGAUAAACUAUUAAUACGAAGUUCAAACGCCGAGAUCGUUCAACUGAAGAAACCAAUAGAGACAAUAUUUCAAGAUAUUAUUCAAAAUCAGCCAGUGGACCUUGACCCGGAAAAAGUUCCUGCCAUAGUUUUUGCAGAGAAUCCAAAGUUUUUGUCCACAAUAAACACCGAAGAAAUUGGAACUUUGUUAAUGAAACUCCAAACAAAAGCAUUUCACUCUGUCGCUGAAGGAAAAGGACUUGGAGAAGCAAUUGUUAACCGUGAAGCGCAUUUUACAUUGACUACCAGAAACGUUGAAGGCGGACAGUGCUACAAUGAAAAUGACCAUGUAACGGUGGAGAUCUUGGACGAACAAGAACGACAGUGCGCUACAGAAGUAAAAAUGAAUGACAAUAAGAAUGGACUCUAUCAGAUCAGUUAUUCAUCCAAUUUCCAAGGCAUAUGCAAAGUAAUAGUAAAGGUAAAUGGGGAACAUGUGUGUGGUAGUCCAUUUGCUGUGCAGGUAAAACCAUUUCAAUUAAAAGCUGUUUUAUCUUUUGGCAACAAAGGUUCAUCUAAAGGAACGUUUAAGUUUCCCUGGGGGGUAGCAGUUAAUGCCCGCAACGAGAUGGCCGUAACUGAUUGUGAAAAUAAUAGAGUUCAACUCUAUAACAGCGAUGGCUAUCAUUUAAGAUCUUUUGGAAAGAAAGGCAACAAAGCAGGAGAAUUUUAUAGCCCAAUGGGAAUAGCUUUUGAUAAUAACGGUAACCUUUUGGUAUCAGACAACAACAACUAUAGGGUUCAGAUUUUUAAUAGGGAGGGUGAGUUCAUGGCAAGUAUCCCAGGGAAAGGAAGCUCUGUCGAUCGUCAGUUCCUUAUUCCGUGGGGUUUAUCCGUAGACGGUGAGGGGAACAUCCUUGUCGCUGACGCGGGUAACAAACUAAUCAUAAUCUUUUCGCCAGCUGGGAAGUUUCUAAUGAAAAUAGGUGGGCAGGGCUCAUUUAGUCAUCCUGUCCAUUGCGUUCAAAGUGGCAGAUUUCUCUUUGUAUCAGACAGUGGUGAACAUUGCAUCAAAGUUUUUGACAGGAAUGGAAACUUUCAGUACAAGUUUGGAAAGAAGGGUACAGGAGACGGGGAGUUUAAUGGUCCAGGAUGUAUGACAGUGAACAGAUCAGGACACAUAAUAGUUUGUGAUACAAAUAAUAAUAGAAUACAAUUAUUUGAAUUUGAUGGAACUUUUGUGGGCAAAUUUGGAACGAAAGGUAACGGAUUAGGAGAAAUCCGGUCUCCAAAUGCAAUAGCUAUUCUUAGUACUGGGCGAAUUGUUGUUGUUGAUCAAAGUAACCACCGCUUACAAAUGUUUGAGUAACCUGGUAGAGACAUUUUGCUUUGUUUUUGCUUUACUGCGGUCUGUGAUUGGUCCAGAAAACUCGCGCCAUCAUCUCAACCAAUCAGAUGCAAAACUUAAACCAAUCCAGCUUGGUCAACGCGUUUUCCCACCAUCAUCUCAACCAAUCAAAUGCAAAACUUAAACCAAUCCCAACUUGGUCAACGCGUUUUCCCGCGCUUCAAGCAAGUUGCUAGUUUUUGUUUUGUGUUCUCAUUGGUUGAUAAUGAUGUCAUCUUUGUUCUGAUGCGCAGUUGUGAUUACUUUGGUUUAGUUUUUCUACACUAAAUUAUUAACUUCUCGAAUUCGCUUCAGCUAAAAAUUAUUUUGCCUUUUUGGGCAAAGAUUAUUUUCAUUAAGUUUAUGUUUGGCUAUGAUUCAAUUUGGGGUAAUACUUUACCUUGGUAUGUGAUUUUUUUGUCAAAAUAUUCUGAACUAAAAGGAAACAAUUGUAUGGUUACUGCAAGUGCUGUUUAGAAAAAUUUUUUCAUUCAUUAAUCAGUCAUGGGAAUGAUGGUUUUUACUUGAAACGCGAUGAAAAGCACUUAAUUUUUAACUUUUGUUCGUGAGAUUAUGGAAAAGAACAUCUAUUUAGCUCUAAAAGUUUCGGUAUCACUUUAGCAUAAGUUUUAGGGGGAAGUCUGUUGAGUCGAAGUAAUUAAUUGAAUAGGAAUAAAUUAAUCACAUAGUUCUCACAAUUAGAUUACCUGAAAACAAUUGAUGAAGCCGCCCAAGACACGUGAUUGACACUUUGCUGUUUUCCUUCGCAACCGUUCUCUAAAAUGUCACGCAACACUCCUCCUGAAAAAGGAAUAAGCCUUGCGUGACAUUCCACGAAACAGCUGCCAAAGAUUCGCCAACUGCUUAUUUGUCUUUGCAUCCGAAUGGCUUACAAUAACUGGCUUAAAACUUUUCAGGCAGUCUAAAAACACUGUGAGGAAAUAUCUGCAACACGCAGUUGAAAAAUCGCUUCAGAUUUGAAUGUAAAAUAAGUUUGUCUGUAAUAAGACAAUAACAUUAUUUGUGGAGAGGAACGUAAGCGUUUUUCCCGAACUUCGUAUUCAAUAUAUCUAAACGAAUCUCCACCCGUAAGUGGGGAAAUUCUAGGAACUAGUCGAACAUGUCGAAUGUAGUCUGCAUUUGUAAUUACUACAGACUUCAUGCUUAUUUUUUUAAUAGAGGUAUAAUAUUUUU